CGUUGCCCCCCACGAAGACGUUCCCCAAACAAAUUCUUCGGACGAUGGUGUUUUCAAUGAUUGAGAGUACUUUCUCUGCAAUAUUAUAAGACUGGUUAUGAAAUCAUUGGAAAAGAAAUGUCAAUUGGUGGUUUCGAUUGGCGUAAACGCUGCUUCCAUCAUCUUCUUCUUCUUCUAUUCACAUUCACUAUUCUUCACCGAGUCAGCUUGAACUCGGUGUCUGCGGUAUGCGAACUCAGUAUCAGUGACCACAACAAGCUCUACAACUACAGCUUAGCAUCCUCAAUUCCUAAAUUCCCCCAUGGCAUCCUCAGCGAAGAUGGGUUUUACAAGGUGGCGGUUAAUGAGACUGUGCUCAGAUUUCAGCUUUGUGAUGCAAUGAUUUUCAACCAUGAUCCACCUAUAUGUGUUGACUGCAGGGGCUGUGGUGGUUCAACACAUUGUGGCAUGGGUUGUAGUGCACUUGUCUCUGAAAACAUAGAAGGUUAUCAUGUAUGUACUACUAUUGGGCAAUCCUCAACCACGAUUAUUAAUCUGCUUGACAAAAAGAAUCCCCAGAUUGGUGUCAUUGUUAACAUGUCAAAUAUUGGCCUGAAGCAAAACUGUUCACUCUCUGUGUCUGUUUUCUGUGAUUCAAAUGGAGUUCAAGUACCUCAGACACUGGUACAAUUUGGCAGAUGUGAUUAUGCUACAUUGAUAAGGCAUCCUGCUGGUUGUGCCAAGAUUGAUUCCGCUCAUGGAAAAGGAUGGGGCUGGUUUACUAUAUUCGUAACCCUAAUCUUAUGCCUCUUUGGAGGUUAUCUGCUGGUUGGUACAGUGUAUCGAUCCUUCUUCCUUGGCAUUCGUGGUAUAGAUAUUAUUCCAAACUUGGAAUUUUGGGCCAGCUUACCUCAUAGAACACAGAGUUUUUGUAUGUCUUUAGUACGGAGAUUUACAGGACCUUCUCAAGGCUACCGAAACUCCUAUUCUCCGGUCAACUUUUGAGCAAGCACAGCCAUAGUUCAAAGGCCAUUGGUGAAUGAAUUUUCAGUCAUCUCAAUCUGUUGUAGACAUUUUGCAAGUUCGUGCCUCCGGAUUAGUUCAUGAAUAGUGGCAGUUUUUUUUGUAGUUUUCUGCCUGAGACAAAAAGCAACUUCCUUGAUGCAAACCACCAUGCCAUGGAUGGUAUUUCUCCCUGCAACCAUAUUCUAUUGAUUGUAAUCCCUCUUGAGAUGAUGAUACUUGCCAAACAUUCCCCUCCCCCCCCCCCCCCAACACUAUGAUAUUGAUAACAUUCUUUACAGAUUCUGAG